GCGGGGAGGCCGGGCCGCGGCGUGAGCGCGAGGCAGGCGCGGGCAGCCCCGCCAGGCCCAGGCCCGGGUGCGGCGGCCACGGUCCCCCUCGCCAUGUCGCUGCUGUGCGUGGGAGUCAAAAAAGCCAAGUUUGACGGUGCCCAAGAGAAAUUCAACACAUACGUGACGCUGAAGGUGCAGAAUGUCAAAAGCACCACAGUCACUGUGCGCGGCAGCCAGCCCAGCUGGGAGCAGGACUUCAUGUUCGAGAUCAACCGGCUGGACCUAGGGCUCAUGGUGGAGGUGUGGAACAAGGGGCUCAUCUGGGACACCAUGGUGGGCACCGUGUGGAUCCCGCUGAGGACCAUCCGCCAGUCCAAUGAGGAGGGCCCGGGGGAGUGGCUGACGCUGGACUCGCAGGUCAUCAUGGCCGACAGCGAGAUCUGCGGCACCAAGGGCCCCACCUUCCACCGCAUCCUCCUGGACACGCGCUUCGAGCUGCCGCUGGACAUUCCCGAGGAGGAGGCGCGCUACUGGGCCAAGAAGCUGGAGCAGCUGAACGCCAUGAGGGACCAGGACGAGUUCUCCCUUCACGAUGAGCCCGACAAGCCCCUGGCGGUCCCCAGCAACCAGUGCUGUAACUGGAAUUAUUUUGGUUGGGGUGACCAGCAGAACGAGGACCCCGACAGUGCCGUGGACGACCGGGACAGUGACUACCGCAGCGAGACAAGUGCCAGCAUGCCACCGCCCUACUACACCACAUCGCAGCCCAACGCCUCGGUGCACCAGUACGCUGUGCGCCCGCCGCCCCUGGGUGCCCGCGAGCCCUACAGCGACUCCCUGCACAGCUACGAGGAGGAGUUCUCAGAGCCUCGGGCCCUCAGCCCCACGGGCAGCAGCCGCUAUGCAUCGUCCGGGGAACUGAGCCAGGGCAGCUCCCAGCUGAGCGAGGACUUCGACGAGCAGAGCCUGCAGGGCUCGGACCUGGAGGACGAGAGGGACGGCGACUCCUACCAUUCCUGCCACAGCUCCGUGAGCUGCCACAAGGACUCGCCGCACUGGGACCAGGAUGAGGAGCUGGACGACUACCUGGAGGAGGAGGAGCUUGAGGAGGAGGAGGAGCUGGAAGAGGAGGAGCUGGAGGAGGAGGAAGAGUUGGAGGAGGAAGAGCUGGAGGAAGAGGAGCUGGAGGAGGAGGAAGAGUUGGAGGAAGAAGAGUUGGAGGAGGAGGAGGAGGUGCCCGAUGACAUCAGGGCCUACGCCCAGGAGUUGGCGGCCGAGGAGCCGAAGGACUUCCAGCGCAUCAGCCUCCCGCCGGCUGCCCCAGAAAAGGAAAAAGUCCCCACUGUGCCCCCUGAGACCCCUGAGGUGACCCCGAAGGCCCCCGAGCCCGCUGUGCCAGAGGAGGUGCCAGCAGAUGAACGGGCAGCUGAGCCCGUGCCCCCCAAGGAUGAGGAGAGUUUCAGGCCCAAAGAGGACACGGAAGUCCCGGAGGGUCAGGACUCCAUGUCCAGGGCAAAGGCCAACUGGCUGCGAGCUUUCAACAAGGUCCGGAUGCAACUUCAAGAGGCCCGCGGAGAAGGAGACAUGUCCAAGUCCCUUUGGUUCAAAGGCGGGCCUGGCGGCGGGCUCAUCAUCAUCGACAGCAUGCCCGACAUCCGCAAGAGGAAGCCCAUCCCGCUCGUGAGCGACUUGGCCAUGUCUCUGGUCCAGUCCCGUAAAGCUGGCAUCACCUCUGCCUUGGCCUCCAGCACUUUGAACAACGAGGAGCUGAAAAACCACGUUUACAAGAAGACCCUGCAAGCCUUAAUCUACCCCAUCUCGUGCACCACGCCGCACAACUUCGAGGUGUGGACGGCCACCACGCCCACCUACUGCUACGAGUGCGAGGGGCUGCUGUGGGGCAUCGCGCGCCAGGGCAUGCGCUGCACCGAAUGCGGCGUCAAGUGCCACGAGAAGUGCCAGGACCUGCUCAAUGCCGACUGCCUGCAGCGCGCGGCGGAGAAGAGCUCCAAGCACGGCGCCGAGGACCGCACGCAGAACAUCAUCAUGGUGCUCAAGGACCGCAUGAAGAUCCGCGAGCGCAACAAACCCGAGAUCUUCGAGCUCAUCCAGGAGAUCUUCGCCGUCACCAAGUCGGCGCACACGCAGCAGAUGAAGGCGGUCAAGCAGAGCGUGCUGGACGGCACGUCCAAGUGGUCGGCCAAGAUCAGCAUCACGGUGGUAUGUGCCCAGGGCCUGCAGGCUAAGGACAAGACGGGCUCCAGCGACCCGUAUGUCACUGUCCAGGUGGGCAAGACGAAGAAACGGACGAAAACCAUCUAUGGGAACCUGAACCCCGUGUGGGAGGAGAAUUUCCACUUCGAGUGCCAUAACUCCUCCGACCGCAUCAAGGUGCGCGUCUGGGAUGAGGACGAUGACAUUAAGUCACGGGUGAAGCAGAGGUUCAAGCGGGAGUCGGACGACUUCCUGGGCCAGACGAUCAUCGAGGUUCGCACACUCAGCGGCGAGAUGGACGUGUGGUACAACCUGGACAAGCGGACGGAUAAGUCGGCUGUGUCGGGUGCCAUCCGGCUGCACAUCAGUGUGGAGAUCAAGGGAGAGGAGAAGGUGGCACCGUACCACGUGCAGUAUACUUGCCUGCAUGAGAACCUGUUCCACUUCGUGACGGAUGUGCAGAACAAUGGGGCGGUGAAGAUCCCAGAUGCCAAGGGCGAUGACGCCUGGAAGGUUUACUAUGAUGAGACAGCCCAGGAGGUGGUGGACGAGUUUGCCAUGCGCUACGGCGUGGAGUCCAUCUACCAAGCCAUGACCCACUUUGCCUGCCUGUCGUCCAAGUACAUGUGUCCUGGGGUGCCAGCCGUCAUGAGCACGCUGCUGGCCAACAUCAACGCCUACUACGCACACACCACCGCCUCCACCAAUGUGUCCGCCUCUGACCGCUUCGCUGCCUCCAACUUUGGGAAAGAACGUUUUGUGAAGCUCCUCGACCAACUUCACAACUCCCUGCGCAUCGACCUGUCCAUGUACCGGAACAACUUUCCAGCCAGCAGCCCUGAACGCCUGCAGGACCUCAAGUCCACUGUGGACCUGCUCACCAGCAUCACCUUCUUCCGCAUGAAGGUUCAGGAGCUGCAGAGCCCCCCGCGAGCCAGCCAGGUGGUGAAGGACUGCGUGAAGGCCUGCCUCAACUCCACCUACGAGUACAUCUUCAACAACUGCCACGAGCUCUACAGCCGCGAGUACCAGACCGACCCGGCAAAGAAGGGGGAGUUGCCUCCUGAGGAGCAGGGCCCCAGCAUCAAGAACCUGGACUUCUGGUCCAAGCUCAUCACCCUCAUCGUGUCCAUCAUCGAGGAAGACAAGAAUUCCUACACACCUUGCCUCAACCAGUUCCCGCAAGAGCUGAACGUGGGUAAGAUCAGCGCCGAGGUGAUGUGGAGCCUGUUCGCGCAGGACAUGAAGUACGCCAUGGAGGAGCACGACAAGCACCGGCUGUGCAAGAGCGCCGACUACAUGAACCUGCACUUCAAGGUCAAGUGGCUGUACAACGAGUACGUGGCCGAGCUGCCCGCCUUCAAGGAGCACGUGCCCGAGUACCCCACGUGGUUCGAACCCUUUGUCAUCCAGUGGCUGGACGAGAAUGAAGAGGUGUCCCGAGAUUUCCUGCAUGGGGCACUGGAGCGUGACAAGAAGGAUGGGUUCCAGCAGACGUCGGAACACGCCCUGUUCUCCUGCUCCGUGGUGGACGUGUUCUCCCAGCUCAACCAGAGCUUUGAGAUCAUCAAGAAGCUGGAGUGUCCCGACCCGCAGAUCGUGGGCCACUACAUGCGACGCUUUGCCAAGACCAUCAGCAACGUGCUCCUCCAGUAUGCGAACAUCGUGUCCAAGGACUACGCCACCUACUGCUCCAAGGAGAAGGAGAAAGUGCCCUGCAUCCUCAUGAACAACACGCAGCAGCUCCGGGUGCAGCUGGAGAAGAUGUUCGAGGCCAUGGGCGGGAAGGAGCUGGACGCCGAGGCCAGCGACAUCCUCAAGGAGCUGCAGGUGAAGCUCAACAGUGUCCUGGAUGAGCUGAGCCGUGUGUUCGCCACCAGUUUCCAGCCACACAUAGAGGAGUGCGUGAAGCAGAUGGGCGACAUCCUGAGCCAGGUGAAGGGCACCGGGAAUGUGCCGGCCAGCGCCUGCAGCAGCGUGGCCCAGGACGCUGACAACGUGCUGCAGCCCAUCAUGGACCUGCUGGACAGCAACCUGACCCUCUUCGCCAAGAUCUGUGAGAAAACGGUGCUGAAGCGUGUCCUGAAGGAGCUGUGGAAGCUGGUGAUGAACACGAUGGAGAAGACCGUGGUGCUGCCGCCGCUCACCGACCAGACGAUGAUCGGCACCCUCUUGAGAAAACAUGGCAAGGGAGUAGAAAAGGGCCGGGGGAAACCGCCGAGCCACUCCGAUGGAACCCAGAUGAUCUUCAACGCAGCCAAGGAGCUCGGGCAGCUGUCGAAGCUCAAGGACCACAUGGUGCGGGAGGAAGCCAAGAGCUUGACACCGAAGCAGUGUGCGGUGGUGGAGCUGGCCCUAGACACCAUCAAGCAAUACUUCCACGCGGGCGGCGUGGGCCUCAAGAAGACCUUCCUGGAGAAGAGCCCCGACUUGCAGUCCCUGCGCUACGCCCUGUCGCUCUACACGCAGGCCACCGACCUGCUCAUCAAGACCUUCGUGCAGACCCAGUCGGCCCAGGUCCAUGGUGGCAAGGGCACUAGGUUCACUCUUAGUGAAGACAUUUAUCCUGAGAAGGGCUCAGGUGUGGAGGACACGGUGGGCGAGGUCUCGGUGCACGUGGAGCUGUUCACGCACCCCGGAACAGGGGAGCACAAGGUCACCGUGAAAGUGGUGGCGGCCAACGACCUCAAGUGGCAGACUUCGGGCAUCUUCCGGCCGUUUAUUGAGGUCAACAUCAUCGGGCCGCAGCUCAGCGACAAGAAACGCAAGUUUGCCACCAAAUCCAAGAACAACAGCUGGGCGCCCAAGUACAACGAGAGCUUCCAGUUCACCCUGAGCGCGGACGCGGGCCCCGAGUGCUACGAGCUGCAGGUGUGCGUGAAGGACUACUGCUUUGCGCGCGAGGACCGCACGGUGGGGCUGGCCGUGCUGCAGCUGCGGGAGCUGGCCCAGCGCGGGAGUGCGGCGUGCUGGCUGCCGCUGGGCCGCCGCAUUCAUAUGGACGACACGGGCCUCACGGUGCUGCGCAUCCUGUCGCAGCGCAGCAACGACGAGGUCGCCAAGGAGUUCGUCAAGCUCAAGUCGGACACGCGCUCGGCCGAGGAGGGCGGCGCCGCGCCUGCGCAGUAGCACGCGCGCCACGCGGCGGCGGGGCGGGGGAGGCCUACUGGGCGGUACUGCGCUUGCGCGCCGGAGCUCCGCCCCUCGGGAAGGGUCUCCUGCGCCUGCGCAAUGGCUCCCGGACUGAGGGGGCGACGCCACGCCCCCGUGAGGCCACGCCCCUGGCUGCAGGAAGGCGGAAGUGGCCUUCCCCGCUGGACCAUCCCAGGGAUGCGGGGCUGGGCAGGGG